UCGUCCUCGCCACUCUCUGCUGUCACAAGUGUCUCAUCUGUUCCACCUUAAAUUCACCUGAAAAUGACGUGAACCUGUUGCAGAGAAAAUGAUGAAUCAUUUACAAAGGCCUGAAGUUAAUUCACACGUGAAUUUACGAUUCAUUCACAAGUACUUUCGUUCUUCACCGACCUCCGUGAACGAGCCACUUCCAUCCUCAACUCUGUUCUAUCUCCAACUCGGUGUGAUGCCCUCUGAUGAAAGUAUUGUUCUUCAAGUCCAGUUGGCCACAUUUCUGUCAUAGAGAACACCCAUCAUCGAUUCGAAGUUUGUAAAUCGUCCAGUAAUGCCGCACGCUGUUGAAUAUUGAGAGGUCAUUAUAUCGAUCCUGGGAUGGAGCCUAUCCAAUAUUGCUACCGCACUCUGCGAUUCCGUUCAACCGCACUAUUACUGUUGUAUACGUUAAACGAACUCCAAUGACCGAUUCCGAUAAGAUGGAACGUCCGCUACAAUUGUAUUUUGACAAACUCCUAAGCGGUGAUGUUCGUAUUAUGCAAGCAAUCGGAUUGUAUUCAAUGGGUAGUAUUCUCAAGCAUAAUGAACCGAAAUGGCAUUUUUGGGAGGUAAUACCUUUUAUCAUCGUGAUACCAGCGUUAUGCUUUGGCGUUGUUUGUAAUAUCUCUAACAUCUUACACAUUGUUAAAAUUGAUUACCUGGCAGCUGUUGAUUGUGCUGGGGCUACAUUCACCGCUAUUUUAUGUACAUUUAAAGGUUUUCGACUAUGUGCUUAUCGACGUGAAUUCUACGAUCUGAUAAGUACAUUCCAGACUUAUUGGAAUAUUGGAGUUUCUGGCAAUCAGUUGACGAAGAAUAUGGUGAAAAUUGCGGAAUUAUCUCGUUUGUUUAGAGUUGGGUAUAGUACAAUGGUGAUAGUAGCUUUUUCAGGAUUUGCAACACAGCCCAUCGGGGAAUAUUUUCUGAAGCUUCGGUCUAAAUCAAAUGAAACCAUUGAGUUCACCAAAACCAUCUAUCCAGCUCGUUAUCCCUUCACAUUAAAUUCGUCUGGAAGAUUCUUCAGUUGUAUAUUCUUAGAAAGUAUCGGAAUGUAUUUUAUGUCACUGCAUUUGAUAGCAGUAGAUGGAAUUUUCGCCCAAAUUACAACACAUUUAUCUCUUCAUUUUCAAAUAAUUUCGAAUCGACUUCGUGAAAUAUGUCCUGAUCCAGCGGUUUCGCAUUUGAAGUCGGCUAUAAUUGCAAAACGCUUGAAAGCAAUUGUCGAAGAUUAUUUACAAUUAUUCAAAUAUGUCAGGAUUUUGGAGAAAUUGUACAAUCCAAUAAUAUUCGCCACUGUUUUAGUCAACGGAUUAAAUUUUUGCAGUUGUCUUUACAAUGUACAAUAUAGCAGUGCACACAGUAAUUGGAAGAAUUUUGAAAAAAAUAUAAUGCACGCAUUUGGACUGGUUGUACAAACUUUGAUGUUCUGUAUUUGCGCUGAGCAGUUGAAUCAUGAGAUUGCUGGAAUUCAUCGAGCACUAUAUGAUUGCCCGUGGACUUCAUUCAAUUCAUCGAUAAAACAUGCAAUUCUCUUGAUAAUGACACUGAGCUCUCGUGAAUAUGUGUAUUCAACGUACGGUUUUAUUCAGUUGAACAUGCCUCAAGUUACCCUGAUUGGUACUGCGGCCAUGAGAUACUUCACAAUGCUGAGGAAUUUCGCUUGAAGAUACUCAAGCUCGCUAGUAAACUAAUUAGAUGGGAAUUAAACGGAAAUUAUAAGCAACGAUCAGCCAGGAGAGAUAUAUUCAUUCAUGUGUUAGCAUGAGGAGUUUAGGAAAUGUUUAGAUAUCUGCAGUACACGGUGUAGGGGUGGAACUUCUUGGACGUUAUCCGGAAAGUUUCAGGUGGGAAAUAAUGAAGAGUUGCGUCCAGGAGUUUCGCGCAAAUAAUCACCUGUCAGGGGAACAUCAGGGGACGUGCGCAUGUCAGAAGCACUUGGUCCCUCGUUUGUUUCCAUUACGAUGUCAAAAGAAUGCCAAACAAAUUUUCAACACGAAAUUCUGAUAAAUAAUAUUCUACAAUUUGAAUGACUUGCUAUGAGAAUU